AUGUUGACUAUCUGGGAAAAAGUCCCCAACGGCUACACUGCCCGCUUCGACGACAACUACAAGCACUGGUUUUUCGUGGACUUGAGCACGAAAAAGUCUCUGUGGGAGGCUCCCGAAGGCACCACUUGGUCCAAGGGAGACGACGUUGCUCCUCCUCCUUACAACCCUACCGGAUCCGGUGGAGGAAGCAGUGAUGCCAAUCGCUCCCAGGCACCUCCUCCAAACCAACAAAUGGCUCCACAGGGUGGAGCCGGUGGUUUCCAGCAACAGGGAUAUGGCGCUGGUCCCGGAGCUGGUCCUGGCCCAGGUUACGGCGGCUAUCCACCCCAGGGCUACGGCUAUCCUCCUCAGCCCGGUUACGGGGGCUACCCUCCACAAAUGGGUUACGGUGGCUACCCACCUCAGCAGGGAUACUACCAACAGAUGCCUCCUCAACAACAGCAGCAGCAAAGACGUCAAGGUUUUGGUGCCGGAGGUAUGGCUCUCGGUGCCGGUGCUGGUAUGUUGGGUGGUAUGAUGAUGGGAAACGCCAUGGCCAGCAGUCAGGCCAACGCUUACGCCGACGGAUACAACGACGGUAACAUGAACGAUGACUAUGGCGGCGGUGGCGACUUUGACGGAGGCGACUUUUAG